GUGUGUGUGUGUGUGUGUAAAGCAGAUACACAGAUAAAGAGAGUUCAGUUGAGUCAUGAUGAAGCUCCAGACAGCAGCUCUGAUUCUCUCUGCUCUCCUCUGCGCAGUGUGUGCUCAGGGCCCCGGUGUGUCGGUGCGUCCCCGCUCCGCUGCUGUGCGUCUGGGGGAGACGGUGAGCUUCCAGUGCCGUGUGACCAGCGGAGCUCAGCCGGUGCUGCUGGAGUGGAGGAAAAUUAACAACCAGCCACUGGGAGAUAAUGUGAAGAUUGGACCUGACGGUGCCGUUCUGACCAUCGCUAAUGUCCGGCUCAAUAAUCAGGGUGGAUAUCGCUGCAUCGCCACUAAUGCUCAGGGGAAAUCCACCGUCACCGCUAACCUGAGCGUCAAACAUCCCCCAAAGGUGCGUGUGUCCCCCGCGGGGCCCCUGACUCUUCGAGUAGGUGAAAUCGUGACUCUAGACUGCAGCGUCUCUGGAAAACCUCGGCCCUCCGUCAGCUGGAUCAGACGACGAGCUGGAGGAGAGACGGAGCUCGUUUCCACGACGACAGACUCCACUACAUCACUACAGGUGACUAUGGCGACAGCGGAGGAUGCUGGGAUGUAUGUGUGCCGUGCUCAGAAUGGGGAGGGGCUUGCGGAAGGGGAGGUGGAGCUUAUGAUGGAGGGCGGGGCUUUCCCUCAGGCUUCAGUGAGUGAGACGGAGCUGACGGCGGUGGAGGGUCAGAGCGUCAGCAUGCACUGCCAGGCCUCCGGUUCUCCUGCUGCGGUGUUAUCGUGGUCGAAGCUGCGAGCUCCUCUGCCGUGGCAGCACAAGGUGGACGGAGGAACGCUGACCCUCAUCAACGUCGGCCGGCAGGACUCAGGUCAGUACAUCUGCAACGCCACCAGUGCCCUGGGCUUCAGCGAGGCGUACGUGCAGCUGGAGGUGGAUUCUCCUCCAUAUGCGACUGUCCUAACAGAAGUGGUUGUUUUGCGUGCGGGCGACGCUCUUCGCCUCCAGUGUCUCGCUCACGGCUCUCAUCCAAUCCGCUUCCGCUGGACACGUGUGGGUGGAGCCACCAUGUCAUCGGGGGCGGAGUCAACAAAAGACGGCCUUCUGAGGAUCCCGCAGCUGAAGAGCUCGGACAGCGGCACCUAUAAAUGCGUGGCGACCAAUCACGUGGGCUCCAGCGAAGCGCUCAGCAGAGUCACGGUCAAAGCUUAACUACAGAGUGACCAGCCGAUCAUAUAAACCUGUCCAGUCACUAUGAGGACAUUAAAGACUUCAGAUCUACAAGAGGACGAAGCUCAGAGGCAAAACAUUAGUGUAAAGUCUUACUCUGGUGUUCAGAACGCUGGAAAACGUGCUCUGUCUGUCUAAUACUCUACUAUUUUCUGAAAUGGCAUGGAGUGGUGUGGCACUCGAGUCAAACUAAUGUAUAAUAAAGUUCAUAAUAAAGA